GUGUCGAUGUUCUAUACUCAAGUUAUUCCAGACUCAUAAGCAUGGACAUAGCCAAGGUCCUGACGCUGCUAGCUGCCUUGCUUGUCCGGACAGAUGCCUCUUACACCCCUGAACACCAGCACAAUUUACGAUGCGGGCAUCUUGGCUAUGGGUAUGGCUAUGGUGGACUAAUAGGUUACGGUGUCUAUGGGGGCUACAGUGUAGGUGAGGGUCUCGCCUAUGAUCAAGCUCCCAUUGCUGGCUACGGCUAUGCAGCAGUACAACCUGCCCUACAAACUUACGCCGUAUCUCCGGGUGCUACCAGUUACGCUGUCGCCCCAGCCAUCAAGUACACGAAGACUAAACCUGUUAUCGCAUCACAUAUAUCUUUGGCAGGCAGCGCGGAAACGUACGCAACCGUCCCCCUCGUUCAAUCAUAUUCCUCAGGUUCAUCUGAAUUAUCUGGUCAGUCCGGUAUCAGUUAUUCCUCCGGUAAGACGACCACUGUUGCAUCUGCUUACCAGUCCACAGCUCCGGUAGUUGUCAAGUACAGCUCCACUGGGGCUCCUGCCGUGACAUCCUAUAGCAGUGGUCCACUUGUAAAGUUCGCGACUGUAGCCCCCGCUGUGAAGUAUAUAUCACCUGGAAGUUUCUCCACUUUGUCUGUAGCAGCCCCAUCUCUCUCCAGUGCUUUAGUACCUACUUCAUACUCUACAGAUCAUACAGUGAAACAAGUGGUUGUUAAGCCAGCUGUCGCUACGUACUCAGUAACUCCUGUGAUUAAAUAUGUUUCUGUGAAACCUGCUGAUAAGUAUAUCUCAGUCACUCCUGCUGUUAGAUACAUAUCUGAAACACCUGCACAAGUGUCUUCAUAUGCCACUGGUGGCUUGUCAUCUUCGUAUUCUACCGGAGGAUCUGUUUCAGCUUAUUCUUCUGGCAGUGCUUCAGCCUCUUACAUUUCCGGUAGCUCCCCGGCUUCUCAUACAUCUGGUGGUGUGGCUUACCAGGCCGUAGCAGCGCCAGCUAUAUACACUACCCCAGUUGCUGUAGCAACUCCCGUGGUGGCCGCGGCCCCCGCACCAGCAGUCUAUGCAUCAGCCACACCGGCUCUUGCAACUUUCAUCAGCUCCUCUCCUGUGCAUGCCACUCCAGUCGAGGCCAAAGCCGUCCUCCAGCCAGUGAUUACAAAAUAUCACAAAGAUCAUAAAGACCACCCUCGCUACGCCUAUGAGUACGGCGUGAACGACCCGCACACGGGCGACAUCAAGCGGGCAUGGGAAAAGCGUGACGGUGAUGUGGUUAAAGGCCAAUAUAGCUUGGUGGAACCCGACGGCAGCGUACGGAUCGUGGACUACGUGGCGGACUGGGAGACAGGAUUCCAUGCUACCGUCACGAAGAAGGGGCCAUCCGUCCACAAAAAGAGGGCAGCACCGAUCAACACUCAAUAACACACGCUGCUCUUAAAUAGUCUGUAUUGGAGUAAACAUUAUCCACGCACAUGAUGAGAAUGUACUUGCUCUAGACGUAGAGAGAAAGUCGUAAAAAAUUCCAAAUUCAUUAGAGUCCAGUUACACUUUGCGUAACUGAGUGUAACGGUGACGCCUGUUCUGAUUGCAAUAUAAGAACGCUUGUUGGAAAGUGCGGUUGCUUAGUGCAAACACCCGCCUUACAUAACUUCACAUAUACCUGUUAGUGUUACAUACUUGAAGCGACAAGGCAGAAAAAUUCCUCGCGACCUGCUGUUAUAUAAUUUCAAAAUCCUUGUAAAACUUGGCUUUUAAAAAUUAUUUAGUGACAUAUAUUUCACCUCAUAUAAAAUGAGGACAGCGUCACACGUAGCAACCGGUACAUUUUAGACAACCGCGAGUGCGUAGUUACCGUGCGCUUUAACCCGUACUGCAGUGAGGCUCUGACCAUAUAAUUCUUUAAGUACCGACAGCCACGUGCCGAAAGUAAGGGUACCACACAUUCCAAGUAGCAGUAAGCAUGUAAUUCAAAUUAAAAUAGGCCUGCUCAUUGAAUGCAGAACAUUUUGGUGCUGAUGAUUUCAUUAAACUUCAAUUCAAGAAAUCAUAUUUUCAAAAAUGAAACAAUCAUGACUAAAUUUGAUUUGUUUCAUUCUGG